AAAGAGCCUUGCCAAUAAGGGCUAGGGCAUUCAGAAAGGCACGGUUUUUGGAGCCAUAGAACCCGGUCCUCAGCAAUUCCGUCUACGAGUUGGUGCUGGUUGCAGACUACACAGUAGGAGUAAUCUCAUAUUUGGCUGAAAUUGGAAUUGCUCACCAGUCCAGCUUAUGGGGCUUGCUACGACUUGAAAUCGAUGUCAUAGUCCUUGAAAUGCUUUGGAAAAAAAUCUUUUUCAUGAGCACCAACCACAGUCCCUAUUUUCUUUGGACACCUUAUCGAAUAUGUGAGUAUGGUCUUCCCCUCUUAUGACGAGGUCGAAUUUCCAAGCGUUAUGUUUCUCAACCUACGCGCCCUUAUUGUGGCCGAGAAGACGAUCGGUUACGUCCCUGGAUCUAACCCGACCGACGAUAAGGCGUGCCAUUGCGGCAUGUCUCAAACUGGAAAUUUCGUCCAGCGCCCGACCCAUCGUUACGGUUCGGGCCCCCAUGCUAUUGGAUGGGGCCAUUUUGCAGCUAGAACUUAUGCUCCAGUCACUUCUGUCCAGAGGCCCGCCAUACGAAACCCGACAAGUCACCCAGCGUUUGGGAAGUCUCUGGAUGUUCUCAACGAGAUCGAAGAUCUUGGCAAUGUCAGCUUAUCGAGGGUGACCCGGCAUUCUCUGCCGCUCUUCCAGCACGGUUUGCGGCACAUUGUUCGUUUACCUGUCCUUCCUUGCGAAAAAUUAAGGGGUUUCUUCCCCUCUGCGGAAAGCCAGAACUCGAGCUACCUUUCUAACCACAGAUACGCUUGUGGUGCUUACCGCAUAAUAGCCACAGCGCUUGCCACUGGUCAUGUAAGAUCUAUAACUUUAAUCGGCCCAGAGAACUCUUUCAUUUCAAUCCACACCCUUGUCAUGUGCAACCUAAUUAGGUUGGCUCAGCACAACAUCCAUUCCUGAGUUUCUGUCAAUUCCAUAUAGCCAUCAGCGAGAGAUGGUAUUGGGAUCCAGUAACGCACCACCACAAGCGUAUGUGACAGCUGGGAAGAUUAAGUAUUAGUGUGUUCGCUUUGUAUUGCCAGAUUAGUGAUAUAGAUGCAUUCUGCCAUGUGAGUGCCUAGCCCCCCACCGAGAGACAACAGAUACGAUUGAUGCAAUGGACCAGAUAGUGGAGAGUGUCGCACGUUUGAGUGCAACCGAUUUCUGGCUUCUACACUUCGGGAUUGUGGUGACUUGCAAAUCGAGAACGAUGCGGGAGACGGCUCUCACAUUCUGGUUGACC